AUGACGGCCUCACUCACUCAGACACCUCAGACUUUUAAAAAGUUUGAGCAAAUAGUUUUAACCGUAGUUGAUACUGAAACUGUAAAAAUAAAUACUAUGCUCCAAGUGCUAGAGAAAAUAGCAAAAGCUAAAUGCCUUCCAAUUUUAGGAUGUGAUGAACACAAAAAGGAGCUUAUAGCUAAAAUAUUAAAUAAUUUUGUUGUAACUAGAAAUGUACAGUCAACGCUCUCUGUAUUUGACUCGCCCGUACAGGACAAUUCUCUGUACUUGACUCGUCCUUGUCCAUAA